GCAAUGGAACAGAGCUCAUCUCAGAGACCAGCUUGAAAACGGGACUCCAGACAGUUAAACGGUGGAUGCUGCAGCACAUGAAAUGCCUUGUGGACUGUUUUUAGUCUUUUAGCGCAUUUCACUUCAGUGGUGGGACGUCUGGUGUGUUGAACAGCGAGUGUGAAAAGGAGAGGAGUCCGUGGAGUAAAUACAGCUACACUAAGGGACAUCCUUAGCGCGCCAAGAUGCUCGAGACAAGUCAACAUUUCAUUUUGAUAACAGCGACAGUUGCUGUGCUGCUGGUGUGCGUAUUGUCCUUCAAUGUGGACCAGAAGGAUGCAUUGUCAUUCAACGGCCCGCUGGAGGACAUGUUCGGCUACACUGUCCAGCAGUUUGAGAACAGCGAAGGAAAGUGGGUUCUAAUUGGAUCACCGCUUUCGGGUCAGCCUGCUAAACGGACAGGAGAUGUCUACAAGUGUCAUGUGGGGAGGGAGAACAACAAAUGUAUCAAACUGGAGCUGCCAGAAAACACAACAGUUCCCAACUUACGUGAAGUCAAGGAGAACAUGACCAUGGGAACCACACUUGUGACCAAUCCCAACGGAGGAUUUCUGGCGUGUGGUCCUCAGUACGGCUACAUGUGCGGGCAGCAGCAGUUCAUCUCAGGCGUCUGUGCAAACGUGAGCUCUUCCUUCCAAAUCCUCAACUCCAUGGCACCGGCCGUGCAAGAGUGUGCGAAGGAGCUGGACAUCGUGAUAGUUCUGGAUGGAUCGAACAGUAUUUACCCCUGGACCAGCAUUAUCGAUUUCCUGCUCCGCUUCAUUGCGAAAUUUGAGGUUGGACCUAAACUCACACAGGUGGGAAUAGUGUCCUAUGGAUUAGACGUGACUCACCGUGUCAACCUGAGCCAGUUUGCCAACACUGCUGAUCUGCUGAACUACGUCAAAGAUCUUCCUCAGCAGACCGGCUUCAAGACCAUGACUUUCCUGGGCAUUGAUACUGCCAGGAAGGAGGCCUUCAUUCCAGAGCGUGGUGCACGACCUGGGGUGAAGAAAGUCAUGGUGGUUGUAACUGAUGGAGAGUCUCAUGACUCCCACAAUCUAGACCAGGUCAUCAGUGACUGCGAGAAUGACGGCAUUGAAAGAUUUGGUAUUGCUGUGUUGGGAGACUACAACCGUCAGAACAAAAGCGAAGAAGAAGUAAAGAAGUUUAUCAAAGAGAUUGAGUCCAUCUCCAGUGCACCCUUACGAGAUCACUUCUUCAACGUCUCUGAUGAGGUGGCGUUGUUGACCAUCGUGGAUGCCCUAGGAAGCAAGAUUUUUGCCUUAGAAGCUACAUCUGGCAAUUCCACCUCCUCAUUUGAGAUGGAAAUGUCCCAAGCUGGCUUUAGUGCACAUACUUCUAAAGAUGGUGUGUUACUGGGAGCAGUGGGAGCGUAUGACUGGAACGGGACAGUGGUAAUGCAAUUUGCUGAUGAAACAGUCAAACCAGUCAUCCCAGAGAGAAACGCCUUCUUCGACUCAAAAACUGAGGCUGGGUAUGAACGACUGGCUGGGUACCUCGGUUAUGAUGUUCAGUCAGCUUCAUCCCCCAAAGGAGUGUUGUAUAUCUCAGGUGCGCCGCGGUACAACCACACAGGCCGCGUUGUUAUCUAUCGUCUGGACAAAAAGAACAAGGUUGUUGUCUCGCAGAUACUGCUAGGAGAACAGAUUGGUUCUUACUUCGGCAGCGUCCUGCAGACUGUCGACGUGGACAACGAUUCCUACACGGAUCUCCUCUUAGUUGGAGCUCCGAUGUACAUGGGCUCAGAAAAAAAUGAGCAGGGACAAGUCUACGUUUACAAACUCAACCAGGACGGCCAGUUUCAGCACCAGUUCACUUUAAAGCCUAUCAAUCAGUCCUGCUGUACUGUCCACUCAGAAGGCUGCACUAAUAAAAAUGAACCAUGUGGUGCCCGGUUUGGUACAGCCAUUGCUGCAGUAACAGAUCUGAACCUGGAUGGCUUUAAUGAUGUGGCAAUCGGUGCACCAUUUGAGAACGACCAUAGAGGGGCCGUUUACAUCUAUCAUGGAGAUAAGAAGUCACUGAAAGAGAAAUAUGUGCAGCGCAUACCAGCAGGUGGGGACGGUGACAAGGUGAAAUUCUUUGGUCAGUCCAUACAUGGAGUCAUGGAUCUAAAUGGAGAUGGAAUCACUGAUGUUACUAUAGGAGGUCUAGGCGGGGCUUCACUGUUCUGGUCCAGAGAUGUUGCAGAGCUCCACGUCAACAUGACUUUUGACCCUGCUAAAAUAAACUUGCAGCAGUCUCAGCACCAGUGUGAACGUGGUGGACGUGUAUCUGUGUGUGUGACGACUGAGAUGUGUUUCAUGUACCGCAUCAAAUCUGACCAGCCGGAUCCAAACACUAAUACAGAGAUACAAUAUACUUUGACUCUGGAUGCUCUGCGUGCAAAAGCCAGGGCUUCAUUCCUCAGCUCGGACGAUAAAAGUGAUCGUAGGAUUACCGGGCGCGUCAACGUCAGAGACAGAGCGAAAAAACCCUCCUGUGUGAACGAGACCUUCAUGAUGUCGUCCCGGUUGGACUUCAGAGACCCUCUCAUGGUGUCUUUGCAGUUUGGAUUAGUAAAUAAAGACCAAGGUCCAGUCCUGGAUGAAAGCCUUCCCAGCUCCAUCAAUAAGACUAUUCCCUUAAUGGAGUGUGGGAGUGAUGACAGGUGCAUUGCUGACCUCUCUCUCAAAGCCGAGUCUAGUGUAAAAAAAAUGGUGAUCAAAGCAAACAAAGAGAAGAUUGAUGUGAACAUCACAGUUAAAAACAGCAAAGACAAUGCAUACAACACCAAAGUCAUUGUCAACUUCACGCCAAACAUCAACUAUGUUAAAGUAGAGCCGGAUAAGGAUUGCACUCUGAAUCACACGAGGGUGGAGUGUGCUGUUGGAUAUCCCUUCCUGGCAAGCAAUGUAGAGGAAAUCUUCAAAGUGAAAUUUGAAGUGAAUCCUAAACAUAUUCAGGAGGUUAUUCAGAUCAAUGUGACUGCAGCAAGUGACAGUGAGGAGCUACCGUCUACCUUGCAUGACAACAGCGUGAAGAUCGCCAUCCCUGUGACGUAUGAAGCUGGACUCAUAUUCACAGUGCACUCUGUGGAUAAACACAUUGAAAUACAGAACCAUGAGCAGUAUCCCAGCGUAUUCAAUGACACCACGAUGAUUGGAGAGGAGAUCAACAUCAGCUACACGGUGAAGAAAGCAGGUGAUAUAGUGACUCCUCCCCUUGACCUUAGGGUGACCUACCCUAAUCUCUCUCCUCUUCAUCAGAACAACUUACUGUACCUGACACAUGUCACCACCAGCCCACAGGUGAAAUGUAAUGCAAAGGAUUUGAUCAACCCUCAUAAUAUUAACCCGGACAUUAUAAAACCCAAACCAAAGAAAGAACCACUCAGCGUCUUCCUACUGAGCUGUGAAAACCUCAAUUGUGCAUCAUUUACAUGCUCCAUUCCCGAGGCUAAGAUCAAUCAGGUCAACGUUACAUUCAGAGUGUGGAAACCUACAUUCAUUGAGGCAGAGUUUUCUGGUCUUUACAUGUUGGUAAAUGCCAGUCUGGGAACCAAAGACACAAAACUUUUUGUACUGAGCAAAAGUGACAGCAGCAGAACUGUAAAGAUCCAGGUGUCAAAGGCAUCCUUAGGAGGAAUCCCUAUAUGGAUCAUCAUCGUCAGCAUCCUGAUAGGUCUGCUGAUCUUAGCACUUGUCAUCUUCGUUCUCUGGAAGAUGGGCUUCUUCAAGAGAAAAUCCAGGGAGGACUACAAGGAGGAAAUAAUGGACUGAGGUAUCCAGCAACAAGCAGCUCUGUGACUAACUGUUUCUAGAGCCAUCAGGUCACAUAAAGUGACAGACUUUUAAACAGACAGUUGGACACACAGAGAAAACGCCGCAAGACCCACAGCCACCUCAGUGCUACAACACAGUGACUACCUGGAAAACACACUUACCAUCCACUGUUUCCUGUACAGGCAUGGGUCAAAUAUUGUUUGCAAAUACUUCCUAAAUCUUGUUCUUUGCUGCUUUAGGGAUUAGGAUGCUUGGAUUUACACAGUAAGGCUACUCACCUACACAAAGUCUGACACUUUGACUUUGUAAAGUGAUUAGCACUCAAUGUUUACCUUGUAUUGUACGAGUAUUUGCAAAUAGUAUUUGUCCUAGAUCAGCUUCUUUUCUUAUAGACAUCAACAUCAAGUCACAUAUGGCAGUUCAGAGGAGAAACCAGGGAGCAUGAAGAAACUAUUACUUACCAGGCAUCUGUUGGCAAAGUAGCAUAUAUCUGUAUCACAUACAGUUACAAAACCUUCAGAGCUGCAAUAGCUGCACUGCAGCUUUCAAAGGAAAAAAGUAAACUCAGGUUUUUCGGUAUGAAGAUCCAAAGUUGCCUAAGCCACCUCGCACACUUUCUGCAACAACGUCCAAAGGUCUAUUUGCUUCUGAGACAUGCAAUAUGUGAACUUUAUGUUUGUUGGAGCAGUCUGUCUGAUAACUUAGACAUGUGUGUUAAAAAGCUUGAUCUUUUUUUAUGAAACACUGUAUCUUUUAACAUUUUAUAGCAUUUCAUUUUUGUUUUAACAAUAUAACAUGGCACAUCCUUUACUUCAAAAUGUUGGCUAAAGACACUGACCUGAACAUGAGAUUUAUUUUGCUUAACAAAGGUGUGGUCUUUUAUUUUUUUUUAUACUUAUUACCAUAAGUAAUUAAUUCAAAAACAAAAGAAACACGUCCCGACUCAUAAGGUAAAUGUUUGUAUUGUUACUGAGGGAUACAGCGAGCUGCGCCUUCCAAAUCUAAACCUUUGAUUGUACUGUAAAUAUAAGUAAAUGCUCAAAAAUGUACAUACUUGUGUUGCUAUAAUUAGUGUAAUUUAAGAGAUGUUAUCCAAUCUUGUCUUGUUUUUGUGAUCAGUGGUCAGAGAACGUGAUUUUGCUCAGGUGCUACAAGUAUCAUGAAUGAUGACAUUAACAUUUUACCAUAAGAAAAUGAUCAGGCCGAUCUCACAAUUUAAAAUGCUGAUAGAAAUAUGUAAAUAUUGUCAUAUUUUGAUGAGAAAAUGAAACUAUUCUGUUACUGAACAUUUACAUGAAGAUGAGGGUUUGUAUCCACUAUUUUGGUUACAUAAAUGUAAAAGUAUUUCAUUUGAUUGAAAGUGUUCUUUGAAGUCUGUUGUCAAGGCUUUAACAUGAUCAAGAUUAGAUCUGACUGUAGCAUACUAUGAUUUAAACUUUUUAAUUUGCAAAAUAGAAGGUCAAUUUUCCUAAAAUGCAGAAAUACAUGUGUAUCUAUUCACCAGCAGUCAUCCCCAUUAGCUUACAUGGGAUUCGCUGGUAGAUGGUUUGUAUUACUGUAGGCUCAAUGUGACCCCGUAUGCGGUACACAGUACCAUACAAAGUUAUUUUUUCAGGUUUUCUGUCUUGUUUUUGUUUCGAGAAGUUGCACAGCUACACAGUAUGAUAAAAGAGAUUAUAUUGUAUAUUGGGGAGAUUAAGCUUCAGCCUCUUUCUUGACUUUUUCCCUCAUUGUCAUAUGAUAAAACUGAGGGAAGACAGCAAGAAAAUAUUUAAAUGAAUUUUUACACUCCUCAGCUCUCACUCUCCACUGUUGACAUUAAGCACAUGAUAUAAAUUGUGUGUACAGAAUGUGUAACUGUUGGUCAUUUUAAGAUUGUACGGCUACAUCAGGCUUAUGCACGAGGGUGGCGGCAUAACUCUCUCUUUGUUCUCUUUCAUGGAAAUGUGUGGUCAGGGGUCAUUUUCUCGGAUUUGACUCUCAAUUAACUUCUGAAAAAUAGUAAAGAAUAAAGAGUGAGGAUAACAUGAGAGUUGUGAGCUCCACCCCAGCCUCCUACACUGCUGUGAAGUCUUCAUUGUAAUGCACUGGUUUGUCAGACUGUAUGCUUCCUCAUCAGCACAGAAAUGAACUGAAUCUUAUGUACAAAAUAAAUACU